AUGCCGGCCGUGAUACUCCUGCCCCGGUCUUCCCAAGAUGCUCCCGACAAGGGCCCAAGCCUAGAGGCCAUCACCACCGCCCUACUCGUGCUCGCCACCGUUUUCGUCCUGCUGCGCUUCGCCGCCCGCUUCAAGCGCGGUCUCACCUAUGGUCCUGAUGACUGGCUAAUAGUCGUCUCCCUGCUCUUCUGCUUCGGCGCAGGUGGCCUCAACUAUGGCAUGAUUUACUGGGGUCUGGGUCGGCAUGCCGCCAUUCUCCCACCAGGCAAUGUCGUCAUGGUCCUGAAGCUCCUCGUCGCCUUCGAAUGCGUCUACUGCACCGGCGUCGGCCUGGUCAAGCUGUCGCUGCUGCUGAUGUACGCGCGCAUCUUCCCGCUCAAGGGCUUCCGCAUCGGCGCCUACAUCCUCGGCUUCAUCACCGUGGGCUGGGUCAUCGCCAUCAACUGCGUCAGCAUCUUCCAGUGCCGCCCCAUCAGGAAGGCCUGGUUUCCCACCAUGCCGGGCGAGUGCAUCGACCUCAAGGGCUCCUUCAUCGGCAACGCCGUGCCCAACAUCCUCACCGACAUCGCCAUCCUGUGCAUGCCCGUCGCCCAGGUGUGGAAGCUGCAGGUCACCACCGCCCAGCGCGCCUCGCUGAUCUUCAUGUUUCUGCUCGGUGGAUUCGUCCUAUUCGCCAGUAUAUACCGCUUUACGACCAUUAUGCAAUUCGAGCCGCUCGACACGACCUGGACCCUCGCCACCGCCUGCACCUGGUGCGUCGUCGAAGUCGCAACCGGCAUCAUCAGCGCCUGCCUGCCGACGCUCCGCCCACUCAUGCGCAUGGUGUCCUCGCAAUUCGGCUCCUCGCGCGGCCGCUCCGGCAAGGACGGCAACACGUACAGCAACCACCCGUCGCGCGGCAACACCGAGCUCGUCACCAUCGGCGGCACCGGCGGCAAGCGCAGCCAGACGGGCGAGCGCCACUUCAAGCGGCUGGAGGACGAGCUCAUCGCCGAGGCCGAGGAGAGCGAGAGGAGGAGGUCGGGCGGGAGCGGUUCGAGCGGUGGAGGGAGAGGGGGAGGAGGGGGAGGGGGCAGGACGAAGUAUGGGAAUGAGACGACGAUUAGUCGGAGCUCGCAUUCGCAGAAUAAUAGCGAUGAUGGGGUGUUGGGGGCGGUGCGCGGGGAUGGGUCGAGCGAUCAGUUGCCGCUGACGAGUAUCGUGGUCACGAAGGACGUGCAGUGGAGCGAGCGCAAUAAUUCGACGGCCAGCGAGUGGCCGCCUGGGUCGGGGAAUGGGGGUGGUGGUUAUCAUGGGCAUUAUCCUGGGCGUUGA